AUGACUGCUACGACUGUAUGGGGUACUUGUCAUGUGAGGGAGCUAUCUUCGCUAUGAAGAGGAGACGGCCGGAGACGGAGAAGUUAAUACAAAAUAGUAUUUGUGGCUAUGAGAACUACAAGGGAAAAAUAAUAGAAAAGGUGUGCUGCUCGGUUUUCACGGAUAUGAGGCUGGAUCUGCUGCCGAGGGAGUGCGGGAGGAGGUACAUCAACUCCGUAGGACGGGGCAGGAUGACGUCCCAAUAUGAAUUCCCAUGGAUGGCACUCAUUGCCUAUAAAACUGAUAGAGGUAUAUCCUUCGGGUGUUCUGGCACCAUCAUCAACAUAUACUACUUGCUGACGGCCGCGCACUGUGUGGUGUGGACCAAGUCCAUCGCCGGGGUGAGGGUCGGCGAACACGACAUCACGCGACAGUACGACUGCAUAUGGGAUGACAGCGAUUACAACUGCGAGUCACACAUUCAGGACAUACCAGUAGCAGAGAGAGUGAUCCACAAGGGCUACAGCUACUCCACCUCGCCGGUGCGACACGACAUCGCCCUGCUGCGGGUCGCAGAUCGGAUCCAGUAUAAUUACAGGAACGUAGGUCCGAUCUGUUUACCCGUAGCCCGUGAGCUCCGGGACAACGGUCUGUGGGGACGACGAGGCCUCGUCGCCGGCUGGGGGGAGACGGAAACCGGCCGCUCGACGAACGUGCUGCUCAAGGUGAGCCUGCCAGUCCUCACUGAAAGGCAAUGUCAAAAUAAAUAUGGCAGAAACCGUUAUACCGGAAGGAAGCAGUUGGUUGAGAACAAGAUCUGCGCUGGCGAGACCCACGUGGACUCCUGCAGGGGUGACUCCGGCGGCCCGCUGAUGGCGGAGGACGAGCAUAUGGGGGAGUACAAGUUCGUGCAGUACGGCAUCGUCUCCGAGGGACCCAAGAUCUGUGGCUCAGCCCAGCCCGGCCUGUACACAGAUGUAGCUAAAUACAUCGACUGGAUUUUAGAUAAUAUUAAACUUCAUUAAAAUUGACAUGUCUU